AUGGAGGUGACGAUUUUGGACUACGGGGCUGGGAACGUGAAGAGCGUCUUCAAUGCUGUCCAAAAGUUGGGCUACACGGUGCGGCCGGUGCAAAGCCCCAGUGACAUCGAGGCGGCCAAGUGCAUCGUCUUCCCUGGCGUGGGUGCGUUCGGCUCCUGCGUGGAGGCGCUUCAGAAGCACGGCUUUUUCGAGCCGCUGAAGAAGUACCUCCAGGAGGAUAGGCCCUUCUUUGGCAUUUGCCUGGGCAUGCAGACGCUCUUCGAAGGGAGCGAGGAGAAUCCUGGCAUGGCCGGACUGGGCAUUCUGCCGGGGAAGGUUCAGAGAUUUCCGGCCUCACUAGGCCUUGCGGUGCCCAACAUCAACUGGAGUGGCGUUGCUCCGAUGCUGGCAGAUCCAUGGCCGCUGGAGGCGGACCAACCGCGCUGUUACUUCGUCCACUCCUACCGCGUGCCCAUGCCCGAGUCGGGCCAUGCCCCCUGGGCCCUGGCUUGCUCCGAGUACGGCGAGCGCUUCGUCUGCGCAGUGCGGCGAGGCAACUGUGUGGCGACGCAGUUUCACCCCGAGAAGAGUGGGACGGUUGGACUGCAGCUGCUCGACAGGUGGCUCAAGGGCGGCGGCCCGAGCGGCGAGGCCGCUGUGCGGCCGGCACCCUCGCCCACACCCGGGCCUCCGGCGCGGAGGAUCAUCGCGUGCCUGGACGUGCGGUCCAACGACUCGGGGGACCUUGUGGUCACCAAGGGCGACCAGUACGAUGUCCGGGAGAAAGGCCAGGUUCGAAACCACGGCAAGCCGGUGGCCCUGGCGGAGCGCUACUACCAGGAUGGAGCCGAUGAGGUCUCCUUCCUGAACAUCACCGCUUUUCGAGACAUGGUGCUGGAAGACCAACCCAUGCUGGAAGUUCUCAAGUGUGCCGCGGAACGCUGUUUUGUCCCGCUGACUGUUGGUGGGGGCAUCCGCUCCUAUACCGAUGAGAAAGGCAAGAGCUACUCCGCCCUGGAAGUCGCGGACGUCUACUUCCGUGCAGGCGCUGACAAGAUCUCCAUCGGCUCUGACGCGGUGGACGUGGCGAGGGCGUACUAUGCCGCAGGAAACAAAGGUGCUGGGACGUCCUCUAUCGAGCUCAUCAGCACCAAGUACGGCAGACAAGCCGUGGUGGUCAGCGUGGACCCGCGCCGGGUCUACACAGCGGAUCCCGCUGCCUCAGGGCACCACUGUGUUGAGGUGGGUCAGGGUGAGAAGUCCACCCCCCUCGGCCCCAACGGCGAGAAGUUCGCUUGGUACUGCUGCACGGUCAAGGGCGGGCGCGAGGACAGCGAGAUGGACGUCGUCCAGCUCGCACAGGCAGUCGAGGCACUGGGAGCAGGAGAGCUGCUCUUGAACUGCAUCGACCGGGACGGCCAGGGCAACGGCUACGAGCUCGAACUCGUGAGACAGGUCAAAGCCUGCUGCACGCUCCCCGUCAUUGCCUCGAGCGGGGCUGGAUGCCCCGAGCACUUUCAGGACGCGCUGGGCCCCAGCGGUGGGGCGGAUGCCGCCCUGGCUGCAGGGAUUUUCCACCGCGAGGAGGUGCCCAUCCAAGCGGUCAAAGGCUACCUGAGCAAGACGGCGAUACCGGUGCGAGCCUAG